GAUACUUUCUUGCUAGUAAUUACUUACAAUCUUCCUAAUGGCUCUAGAGAGCACCAGCGGCGAAAUAGUACACGCGAUUUGGGACAUGCUGCGCAUUCACAAAGACGGAUCGGUAGACAGAUUAGUGGGUUGCGAAGUCGUUCCGGCAUCGAUCGAUCAACAGACCGGCGUUCAUUCAAAGGACGUCGUUAUCUCCCCUGAAACCUCCAUUUCCGUCCGCCUUUAUCUACCCAAAUCAGCCCUUAAUCCAUCGACCCACAAACGGAAAUUACCACUCCUAGUCUAUUUCCACGGUGGCGGUUUUUGCAUCGCAACCGCCUCCUUUCCUCCCUACCAUAACUUCCUCAACUCUCUUGUGGCCGCCGCCAAUAUCGUCGCAAUCUCGGUUGACUACAGAAGAGCGCCGGAGCACCCAUUGCCGGCUGCAUUUGAAGAUUCUUGGGAAGCUGUCAAAUGGGCUACUAGCGCCGGAGAUGAAUGGGUGAAGAACUUUGCAGAUCUAGAACGUGUCUAUUUCGCCGGAGACAGCGCCGGCGGAAACAUAGCGUACCGUAUGAGUAUUCGAGUUGGGUUGGAAUUGGAAGGGUUAUCAUCAUCGGGAGCAAAGCUGGUGGGUAUAAUUCUUGUCCACCCUUUUUUCGGAGGAGAGGAAUCGAUUGGAUCGGAAUUAGCGGAGAACGCUGCCGUGAAAUCUGAUUACGACAACUUGUGGCGAAUCGUUUGGCCUUCGGUGAAAUCGUUGGAUGACCCAAUAAUAAACCCGAGUAUGGAUCCGAACAUUGCACGAAUGGGUUGCGAGAGGGUGCUGGUGUUUGUGGCGGAGAAAGACGGGCUGAGGGAUAGAGGGUGGUGUUUCUAUGAUGCCGUGAAAAGGAGCGGCUGGAAAGGGAUGGCAGAGAUCGUGGAAACGGCCGGAGAAGAUCAUGUUUUCCAUUUGUUUAAUCCAACCGGUGAUAAUGCCUUGGCCUUCAUCAAAAUGUUAGUUUCCUUCUUCAAUGAAGAAAUAGGAAAUUAAAUGAUCUAUUUUAACUUACUAUUAUAGAC